AAGGUACAAACCUUUCGUUGUUUCGCUUUCUUGUUUCUUUUGAAACCCAUUGUUUCCUUGGUUCGUUUUCUGUGUUCAAGAAAAACCCACAAUUUCUUUCUUUGUUUUCUUCAAGAGAUUUGGUGGGGGUUUAGUCUAUGAGCUGGGGUUUUACUCUGUUCUUGUUGGUCUUCAAUUGUUUGAUCCAAAAGGGAAAUGAGCAAAGAUGCCGUCUUGGCUGGGACAGAUGGUUCUUUCCUGCUGGGAACUGGUGGGUAGAAUUUUGGGUACGAGCAAGGAUGAUGUUAGUGAUGAUGAUGAUCCUGAUGAUUCCUUGCUCCAUUCUCCGCUAUUCUGGAGCAGAGACCUCGAAAAGCACUCCUGUGGCGAAUUCUCAGUCGCAGUGGUUAGAGGCAAUGAGGUCAUAGAGGAUCACAGCCAGGUCGAUACUGGAAGGGAGGUUACCUUUGUUGGAGUCUAUGAUGGGCAUGGUGGUCCAGACGCGUCCCGCUACAUAUCUAGGCGACUCUUCCGGAAUUUCAUCCGGAUUGCUAAAGAAAAAGGAACCAUUUCUGAAAAUAUUCUUAGAAGUGCUGUUAUUGAGACCGAAGAUGGAUUUCUUAGUUUUGUACGUGGGUCAUUUGUUAGAAAACCAUCAAUUGCAGCAGUUGGAUCUUGUUGCCUGGUUGGAAUUAUAUGGAGAGGAUCACUGUAUGUUGCUAAUUUGGGCGAUUCUCGAGCUGUAAUUGGUAGUCUGGGUGGAUCCAAGAAGGUGGUUGCUGAGCAGUUGACUAUAGAUCACAAUGUAGGUUUGGAGGAGAUCAGAUCUGAAGUCAGGGCAUUACAUCCGGGUGAUCCAGAUAUUGUAGUUGAGAACCAAGGAGCAUGGCGGAUUAAAGGCAUAAUUCAGGCAUCUAGAACUAUUGGUGAUGCAUACAUGAAGCAGCCAGAGUAUAAUGCUGAUCCUAGAUUCAGACGAUGCUACCUCCCUCUCCCUGAACCAUUCCAGCGGCCUCUUCUAAUUCCAGAACCAUCAUUGCAUAGAAGGGUCUUACAACCCAGUGAUGGGUUUGUCAUUUUUGCAUCUGAUGGACUUUGGGAAAAUUUGACAAACCAGCAGGCUGUCGAUAUUGUCAAUAAACAUCAGCGAGCAGGAAUUGCAAGAAAACUUAUCAAAAGAGCUCUAAAAGAGGCCGCAAAGAAGAGGCAGAUUAACUUUGAUGAGCUACUGAGGGUUCCAGAUGCAACAAGGAGGAAUUUCCAUGAUGAUAUCACAGUUGUUGUCAUCUUUGUAGACCAUGACUUGCUUGAAAAGGGGGCACCUGUACCAUAGCUUUCAGCACGUGGAUUUGGUGAAGUAAAGGUCUACCAUCCGAUGUAAUACUAGUCACUAGACAUGAUCCGUUGAGAUCUGCAAGCCUUUUUUGUGACAGAUGAAUGUUGAUAUCUCGGCUUUUCAAUUUGCUUUUAUUCCCUUUCAAAGUAAGCUAGAGCCUGCAUCAAACAUUGAGGCUUUUUUCUCUCAUAUUUGGUAUUCAUUCUUUUGGUAUACUCUGUAACAAGUACUCUGAAUACUCGGACUGACGAUCAGCUACUAAGAAAGCUGUGAGUUUUCU